AUGAAUAUUGAGAUUGAACAUGUACAACUGGACUUCAUCAAACAGUACAUUCCUCAGGACAUACUUCCUUCAAUCAUCUCCUUACAAGUAUGUUCAAACAUAUUCACUUUUGCUAUUAAGAAAUCAAAUUACAUCUUCGUUAUAAACUUAGAUAAACCUUCUGAGAUCAAUUCCAUCAAAUUACCAUUCAACAGCGGUGGAAACGCCAUUAACGAGACUAUUAUAAUAACAUGGCUCAAUGCAAAUGGUACAAGACUGUUCAUGAAGACAAAUUUGGCAAAGUACUAUGUAUUAGAUAUUCCCACCCAAAAGACCUUUAUUGUCAAGAGACUCAAUAAAAAUUAUAACAUAAAAUGUAUUCAGUGGUUAGACGAUAACAGCUUGCUUGCAGGAACAUCAAAUGGUCAUAUCUAUAGCAUUCUCUUUAAUAAUAUCAAUGAUCCCGUCAUAAAAGUACUUUGGAAGUCCAAGAUGCCUGCAUCGAUUAGUGGGGUACUAUACAACGGUGGGAAUGGCAAUAUCCUAGUGGCAAUCGAUAAUACAUUGAUUUAUUGGAAAAGUGACGUCUUCAGCUCUCCCAUUAAGACUCUACAAGAAAUAAAACCCACUGAAAUCAAAGAUUUUACUUAUGAUAACACCAAUACAACCCAAUUCAAAAAUAAAUUCACUACAAAUAACAAGAAUAAAUUUGCUUGGACCACAGAUGUGGGUAUUGUUUACGGUAAUUUGGAUGUAGAUUCAACAAUCAACAGUUUUAAGAUUUAUUUAAAUGUAGAAUUACCAAAUAGUGAUCGCUAUCAAAUAAAAGAUUUGAUACUAUCUGAUUAUCAUAUGGUCCUAUUAAGAGGAUCUUUAAUUACAAUAAUAAAUCAGCUUAGUAAUAAAAUUAUAUUCGAACAAUCAAUAGAUGAGGGAAACAACGAAAAAUUCCUACAUUUAGUGAAAGAUAAUGUAAGUUUAACAUAUUGGUGCUUUUCAAAUAUGAAUAUAUAUGAACUAGUACUUAGCGAUGAAUCAAAAUCCAUAUGGAAGUUACUAUGCGAAGAGAACAGAUUUGAAGAAGCAUUAAAGCUAGGCGGUCUUAAUACUGAUGAAAUACAACUGAUCUACUAUAACUAUGGUAAAUACUUGUUAGAAAGUAAAAAAGAUCCACAAUCAGCAGCUUUACAAUUCGGUAAAACUAAUGCACAGUCGAUUGCUUCGAUCGUCUUAGAUUUCAUGAGUGAUAUUGAAAAUGAAAAUAGUUUCAACGCUAUUCAAACUUAUUUAAUAACAAAACUGGAGAAUUCAAGGACGGAGACAAACAAGAUUCUUUUGUCAAGUUGGAUCAUUUGGAAUUUCAACAAAAUUCUAUAUGAGAAGGAUGACCCUAUAAUUGAGAAGGAUGCAAAAACCUUUCUCCAGAAACAUGUCACUUCCCUGGAUAAAGAAACAGUAUACGAAAUCACAAGAGAUAACCAUCAGCUCCUAUUGUAUUUUGCAGAUUUGAUAAAGGACUAUAAUUUUCUCAUGUCUUACUGGAUUUCGAGACGUCAUUGGAAUGAGUCGCUAAAGAUCAUGUCUACUUUCAAUGUUUCAACUAUAAUUUAUAAAUAUUCAACGAUUUUAUUAAUCAAUGCGCCCCAUGAAACUAUUGUAGCCUGGAUGAAAUUGAAGGGAUUAAUUGAUCCGGUUAAAUUAAUACCAUCCGUUCUAAACUAUUUCACUAACUACCUAAAACUAGGGCCCAACAAUGAUGAAAAUUUUGCACUAACAUAUCUUAAUUGGUGUAUAGGAGAAUAUCCAAAACUUCCAAAAAUUAUCUAUAAUACCAUGUGCUAUAUGAUGAUAACGACAAUACCAAGCAUAAAUUCCUAUGAGGAUAGAAAUAUCAUGAGCUUUUUAGAUCAAAAUGAAAAUCGUCUUGACAAGGAUUUUAUAUUAAGAUUGUCAUUGAAGCUCCCACAAAGAAUCAAAGUAUCCAUUUUCUUAUUAAAAUCUUUGAAGCUUUACGAUGAGGCUGUAACUAUGUCAUUAGAAAAUAAGCUGUUUGAAAUGGCAAAAGAUGUUAUCAAUCGAAUCGAGGAUAAAGAGCUUGAAGAAAAAAGACUCAAAAAAAAGCUUUGGUUAAAGUAUUGUAAAGCAAGGUUAUCCAAUCUUAAUGGCGAAGAUGGUGCUAAGAAUAUCAUAAAUUCAAUCUUGGCAGACUCAAACGGCAUUAUUCAAAUAAACGAUAUUUUACCAGUUUUGAAUAAUGUCAUCACAAUCGCCAAUAUAAAAGAUGAACUGAUAAAAAAUUUGCAAAAUCAUUCAAACAUAAUGAAAUCUAUAGCUACCGAUAUUGAAAAGACUAAUAACCUAAAAAAACUUAUUAGUAGUGAUAUUAAAGAACUUAAUACACGAACAUAUCAAAUUAUGGAACCCGGAAAUUCCUGUAAAUCUUGUGAUAAAUUAUUACAAAAUAGAAAAUUCCUAGUAUUUCCGUGCAAGCAUUGCUUCCACACAGAUUGUCUGAUCAGAUUAAUACUGAACUCAAAUGACUUUCAAUUGAAAAGUCAAAUUCAAAAUUUUCAACAAAAAUUGAGCAAAAAAAGUGAUGUUAAGAAUAAGAGACAGGAUUUAAGCGAAUUAGAAUCCAUUCUUACAAAAAAAUGUGUCCUUUGUAGUGAUAUCAACAUAAACACUAUUGACAAUGCUAUUGAUUUAAACAAUGAAGUUGGAAUAAAUAAAUGGAAUAAACUUUGA